GUUGCCCCCUUUAAGAGCCUGCUCCGCGGGACUAACUUUCGAACGUGUCCGGGCGCCCCUCCUCGACCUCUGAUUGGUUGCGCGCGGCGCACGAGGGCGCGGCGGUCAGCCCGGAACGGUUGGCGGCGCUUCGUGAUUGGCGUUCAAGGCGCCUAUAUAAGGAGCGGGGCGGCCCCACCGCCCUCAGUUUAGCGACCGGACUCUGGGCUGGGCACCGGUCGAGAUUAAGAGCGUUGGAGGACAGCGCGCGUCACUGAGUCGUUUCUCCUCGGAGCCCUCUCCAGUCGAAGGUGCACCCCGGCAGCGGAUUUAUUACGCCACCCAUUCCUUUCGGGGCUUCCGAACGUUAGUCGGGGCUCGCUCGCGUCACCCCGGCGCCAGCCCGGCGAAAGGAAGGCAGGAUGGAGUUCAAGCUGGAGGCUCACCGCAUUGUCAGCAUCUCCCUCGGCAAGAUCUACAACUCGCGAGUCCAGCGCGGCGGCAUCAAGCUGCACAAGAACCUCCUGGUCUCGCUGGUGCUGCGCAGCGCCCGCCAGGUCUACCUGAGUGACCCGUGUCCCGGCCUCUAUCUGGCAGGUUCCGCGGGGACCCCGGCGCCGCCGACGCCUCAGCCCGGGGAGCCGACGGCCCAGCCACCCGCAGGCUGGGGAGAGCCGCCCCCACCGGCCCCCCGAGCCGCCUGGCCGGACACCGAGCCGCAGCCUGAGCGCCCCGCGGUCCCCGACGCGCCGCGGGCGGUGGACCCUGAGCCCGCGGCCGCGGUGACCGGCGCCGGGGACGCUUUUCGCGGUCGAGAGGAGGACACGGCGGAAGCUGCCUGGGGCCGCGUGGAUCGACCACGCGUUGCGGCGGCCGUGGCUGUCUCGGACGUGUCUCCCGAGGGGGCUUCGGUUGGCUGCCCCCCGACUAGGGAGGAACAGCCUGGCGCGUCCCCCGCCGCCGACUGCCGCUGCGCGCCACGGCCCGCCGAGGCUGAGCCCUCCGCGCCACCCGCCCUGUAUCCCAGGAAGCGCGGCGCGGCGGGGGCGGGCGGUGGCCACGCGGGCUGCCCAGCGCUCUGCUCGACCCCGCUGAAGAAGCCCCGCCGGGACGGAGGAGAGGAGGACGGCGAGGAGGAGAUGGAGACCGGGAACGUGGCGAACCUCAUCAGCAUCUUCGGUUCCAGCUUCUCUGGACUCUUGCGGAAAAGCCCCGGGGGCGGCCGGGAAGAAGAGGAGGGAGAGGAGAGUGGUCCGGAAGACGCUGAGCCCGGGCAGAUCUGCUGCGAUAAGCCGGUGCUGAGAGACAUUAACCCGUGGAGCACAGCCAUCGUGGCCUUCUGAGGCCCCGUGCCCCGUGCGGGUGGAGGUUGAGCAGCGGGCGUCCCCGAAGUGAGAGCCGGGCCCCUCCCGGCUGCGAGGACGCCCCAGAGACCGCUGGCGCCGAUCGCGCUGAGGAGACUGGUUGCUGCGGGGCAGCAUCCACUGCUCCCGGGCUGGGCAGCCCCGCUGUGCCCUGUGGCUCUCGAGUCUCCACUUGAGACCGGCGUUGGGGGCUUAUAGAAAGAGGACGAUCGUUAACUUUUGUGUAUGUGAAUGUCUGUUUCUGUAAGUUUGUCCUGUUGAAUUCAGACUAUUUCGUCCUUCUGGAAUGCACCACCUUUUCUCCGGGUUAAGGACUUCGGGGGCAGACAGGGACUUUCCUUUGCCGGCCGCGCAGAGGAGGAAGCGGCCGAAAGGUUGUAGGCCGGGGAGUUCCCCGUUCGUUCUCCGGGGAGGGAGGGACUUUACACACACCCCUCAAACGAAAACUAGAACCGCACCGGGCCUAGAGUGGCGUUUCCUCCCAGGAUUUCCUCAGACUCUAGGGGGUUUUAGUCUGCCGUAUAGUCUUGUAUUAUUUCUCUCCCUCUCCAUCAUUCUCUAGCACAGAAGAAACGUUUAUACCCUGUGAUUACUCUGCGAAAGGGGAGUAUUAAGGGACCGUCGCUUCCCCACAGGGGAAAGAAGCUUGAUGCACUUCACAGAAGAGUUCAGGCUUGGAAAUAUGGAGUUUAUAGAGAAAAGUUUUAUUUUUAAAAGCUCUAGCUCAGAACUACUAAACAGUGCUUUUAAAAAGUGUUUAAUGAAACAAAGUUUACAGACAAGCCCUAAGUGGAAAGACCUUAUGGUUUUGUAGAUAUGGUGACUCCAGUCUUUGUUGUAUAAAGGUUGGGGGAGCUGAUAAGGUUUUUGUACAGUAUUUUCUCCUUCGUUGUAUUGAUUUUUGUAUAAAAAUGUAACUUUACGUGUCCAACACGUAUUAAAUAUUUUGAAGCAA